UCGUCAGCAGACAAAAACUGUUUGGUCUUAGCUCCAACGAAAGGGCACCACAGAACCUUCAUCCAUGGCCCUCACGGCCCCUUUCUCCUCCCCUCUUCUCCUUCCAUAUCAUCGUCACCAUGCCCACCUCAACCCCAACCCCAACCCAACUCUCUCCUUCAGAGGAAGUAGAAUCAGGGCUGUUGGGAACAUUGACCUGCUGGGUGACUUUGGGGCCAGGGACCCCUUCCCAGCAGAGGUGGAGAGUCGUUUUGGAGAGAAGGUGCUGGGAAAUGCAGGCACCGAUCACAAGAUCCUUAUCCCCAACCUCUCCGCGCUCUCUCUUUCCCAGCAGCAGUGCGCCCCUCUUUCUCCUUUCCAAGCCCCCAUGACCGCCGAUGAGGCUCAGAAGCUCUUGAAAAAGUAGGUGGUUGGCUGGAGGCUACUAGAUGAAGAAGGCGGGCUUAAACUUCAAUGCUUGUGGAAGCUGAGAGAUUUUAAAUGUGGGG